UCGAGGUUUCCUGUCGAUAUGAAUGCUUGCAUUCUUACGUUUUUCCCCUGAGUCUGUAGUAAAAUUUGAUCUGGGUUCUAAUACGCGAUGAAGCUUCUGGUGCUCGGGGCAUUUCUAGUCUAUCUCUAUCAUCAACCCUGCGAGGCCCAAGGCAUCAAUCUUCCAUCCCCUUGUCCUUGUCCAUUGGUGAAGGGUUACGUUUGCGGUUGGGAUGGUGUCGAUUACAUGAGUCCUUGUUGGGCUGGGUGCCGAAAAGUAAAAGUCAAAUGUAAAGGACGAUGUCCAUGCCCCGAUUCAACCGUUUGUCCGACCUUGGAGGCUCCAGUUUGUGGCAACGAUGGCAUCACUUAUAAAAACGCUUGCAAUGCCCAAAACAACGGCGCGACUGUGAAAUGCCAUCGACCUUGUCCUUGCCCCCCCUCAUCUUGCCCUGAAUGUUGCCUCCCUAAUACCAAUCCUAAUUGCUGAUUUAUGCCGGUGGAUUGUUCUGGUUGUUUAACAGUUGUUGGGUGAUCUUGAACAUAUGAAUAUGAAACUGCGCAAUAAUUAUAUUUUACAAAAUGGUGCGUAUAAACCUGCCAAA